AUGGCGGCCAGGCCUGCUUGGCAGACUGACGAACUCGAAGACGAAUGGAUCGAUCAGGAGGAGGACGACGACUUCCAGGCCUAUGCCUCGCUGCACGCACAUUCUUGCUCAGAUCUCUCUUUGACUCAACCAAUUGGUUCUCUUAUAGUACGCUCUGAGAAUGCUGGAACUAAUUCCUCGGAUUCCUCGAAUGCAUCAGGCGGCACUUUCCUCGUCAAAGAAGACGAGCCUGCGCUUCCGCUAUUGCCGAAGACUCCUGGUCAGAAUAAGAAGCCUUUUGGUAAGGACAUCUUCACUCCACUUGCACUGGAGAAGAUGUUCGAGCCACCUUCACCACCGAGUCAGCCUGCUCCCUUGCCACCAGGGACCACUACUGCGCCGGCCGUUCGUUCACGACUAUCACAGGUAUACACACCGGGAGAGGACGAUACCGAGAUUAUAAUGGACAACUCUGGAGGGUACGGAGAGUUGGAAUCGCCUGCGGAUGAGAGUGGAGGUGCUCCGGCAUCGAGUUAUCAUUUUACCUUCGAGGUUCCUCGAGGUAGCCCUUUCAACCCCGUGGGUUCGACCCCUCAGGCGCAGAGCACUCCUGGACCUCCCUGCGCCGCGCUUCCAAACUUUAAUCCACCUCUCACCGACCCACGCCUCCGUCUGUUUCAAUUCCAGUAUGAUACUUUCACGCGCGAGCAUCUCUCCGCCAUGGUCGACUCCAUUGCUGUCAAUACGCCAUCUGGUGGAAGCGGAACGGCGAAUACAGGUGCCAAUACCUCGUCCGCUGGCCUUUCACCGGUGCGUGAGGCCAGUAUCUCACGCUUGCGCAGUGCAAAGCGUAUCAAACUGAGUCCUGCAAGUGAGUUAUCGGAUAGCGGCGACGGGGCGGUCACCAUUUUCAGGCCACAAAGCCUGAGAAAGGACUAUGUGGGGGAGUCCAAGUCUCUCAUGGAGAAGAUUAGGGAGGCACGGGACUUCUCUACAGUGUCAACUGUGGCGUCUGCGCAAUCACCAGGUCAGGCGGGCAAGGUCGGUUCUCCCAAGGAUCAACCACAGCCGUCUUCUUCCACUCCAAUUCCAAAUGAUCCACAGAGUAGGGUCCCUUCUUCCACUGGGACCGCAUCUUCAUCGAAGCGCGGGGCCUACUCUUCUUUGGCCUACAGGCAGCAAGCUGCUAACCUGAUGGCGCAGAUAAGGCGCGAUAUGAAGGGUACCAAGCGGGUAUUCUCGGAAGAGACCGACGCAUCACAUUUAGGGCUAUGCGACAGGCACAACAGAUCUGUCACGGAAACUACUGUGGGUCACGACACAUUCCCAGCGCACUCUCAGCUAGCACACGAGGGUCCCUCGAACGAGGCUUCGACGCAGUCGCAAUUCAAGAAUGGCAAGUAUCCCAGCGCGGUGGGAGAACGAGCCGGCGGCGGCAUAUAUCCGCAGGAACAAGAUGACACAAACGACCUGACUAGAUUUGUAUCUUCGAGUACUACGUCCGGCACCACUCUGACCGCUGGGAGCACAGGAUCAUUUGUCAAACACCCUGGACCGAAACAGAUCACACGUAUAACUCCUGAAGAUGUUCCCGCGCUGCCAGACCGAGUUGGAAAGAUGGUCUUCGACAAGGUUUUGAUGAAAUGGGUCAAAGUCUCUGCCGACGCGCCGGAGGAGGACGAGCGCCACCCACCUGUUGCGGAUGCCAAUGAUAGCGAAGACCCCUUCCGUGACUUUGAGAGUCUGCGUGAAGAGGAUACUAGCAGACAGCCGGAUGUUUCUGCUGUCGUUAUCGAGGGAGAGUAUGAAGACCAUGAUGACGAUGUGUCUGCAGAUGUCGAACAGAGUCGAAUCGAGGAGGUUGAGGAGUCAGAGGUUGAGGACGAGGAGGAGGCUGAGCUGACCUCGUUCUCCUUCGAUAGUUCGUCAGCGGAGCUCGUUCAGGUCGUCGCAGAUGAAGGCCAACAUCUCAAUGCGGACAUGACGAUGACAGAUUCCGAAGAGGAGGAGGAAGAGGCCACAGAGACUACAGGCCCUUCGUUCGACAUUGACUCAGAUGAGUCGGACAAUGAGUACUACCAGCAAGCUCCUGGACCCGAUACCGAGCCUGCGCUGCAGGAUUCUCCGCCACAUCUUUUGGCACCGCCUACGACGACAGCACUAUUGAGUACGCCCAAUCCAUCCUCUCGAGCCACCGCCGACCCCACACCGACAUCUAUCAUUCGCUCCGCCUUGAAGAGCUCCAGUGUCACCCCAGUCUCGGCCAUGAAGGAUCCAAGCCGAUCGAGCUACACCCCAGCCCAUCGCCUGGGGCAUCGUCGUUCUGUGAGCUUUUCUGACGGGAGGCGAGAUGGCCCGAUACUAGGUGUCGGACGCAAUGCUCCAACGCCAGACGCAACGGAGCUGGAAGACGACGACUCAUUGGUUGCGGAGUCCAGCAAAGCUUCUGCUCCCCUUGUGCCGUCGGCAAGGUCCAAGCGUAUCGCGGAGUUCCUGGAUGACCUAGAGGACCCAAUUUUCGAUGAGUCGCCGUCCAAGACAAGUAGUUCCGGCAGGCCGCCGGAGGAGCUGAAACUCCAGAAGCCUAGGAGACCCAGCACCAUGGUAGCUAACGGCGACAGUCCCAACCGUGGGGCAUCUCGCCGAGUGUUUUCCCGGUCGCAUUCGGCCAAGUCACCAAGGUCCACCGAACGAAACCCGAACGCCACAUUCCUCACCGAGUGUUCGUUCGGCGUUACGCACGAUCGGCUAGUGCAGGUGAUCACUGACGUCGAACCAUUCGAGCCGCACUGGGAAGACUUGACGUCUGUCGACUUGUCAAAGCGCAACCUGGACGGCGUUGCGAGGUUGAAAGAGUUUCUGCCCCGGUUGGAUUCGCUCGCGCUCAAUGACAAUCAUCUGUCCUGGCUGAGCGGCGUUCCAGGCACGGUUCGGUCGCUGUCGGUCGUAUCAAACCUUCAUCUGCUCAGUCUCGAGAACCUAGACAUCAGUCGAAACCAGAUCGACUCCUUGCGCCAGCUCGAGUGCCUUAGACACCUGCGCGAACUCCGAGCCGAUGGGAACAAGAUCGACAGCACUGAUGGCUUGCACAACCUGGACGGGCUGGUCAAGCUCAGCCUGCAGGGAAAUCGUAUCCGCCAUCUCAAGCUGCACGAUGUUCGGUGGACCCGGCUGGAGAUGCUGAAUCUCAGCCACAACAGGCUAGGCAAUGUAGAGGGGCUGGCAUCACUGGCAGCAUUGAUAGCGCUCAAUCUCGACAACAAUGCGUUGGGGGAGCUGGAGCCCGGUAAGCCGAUGCCUCGCCUGAGGAUACUGCGUGUGAGCGGGAACCGGCUGCAGCAACUUAACGCAUCCCCAUUCCCAAAUCUUCGCACGCUAUACGCGGACAACAACUCACUCGGAACGAUCACGAAGGCACAUCGCCUGACCAAGUUGGAGAACCUCAGCCUGCGGAAUCAAAAUGCGAAGCCUGGACUGUGA